CGUCUAUUUUAUUCAGGUAGCUCCUGUAUCCUUUCUUUAUUCUUCUUUGGCAUGAGUUCGCAUUGCACAGUUGCUUCUGCACCUGGUAAAGUUCUUCUUGCCGGUGGUUAUCUGGUUUUAGAACAAGCUUAUAGCGGUGUUGUGGUAGGCACUUCAGCAAGAUUCUAUACCGUCAUCCGAUCGGAAAAGUCGCUAGAACCUGCAGGCACCAUUACCGUUCAAUCGCCUCAAUUCAACGCGGCUACUUGGAAAUACAACGCAAUCGCAGACAAAGAAAAAGUAAACUUUCAGUCAAUUACAACAGAAUCCCGAAAUAAGUUUGUUGAGACUUGUUUAUGCUUCACCUUGAAUAUAAUAGCCGCGAAGACAGGCUUAGAACAAUUCAAUAGCUUUUUAAACAAUGGAAUUGAGGUUACAAUUGUUGGUGAUAAUGACUUUUAUUCACAAAGAGCUCAGUUAGAAUCGAAAGGGUUACCAAAUACCGCCAGUGCAUUAGCCUCUCUUAAACCUUUUUGCAAAACUGGUACCACAUUAUCUGCAGUUCACAAAACUGGUUUAGGGAGUUCAGCAGCCCUUACAGUAUCUCUCGUAGCCGCUUUAUUACUUCACUUCAAAGUGAUUACUCCAACACUGAAUACGACAGAAAAGACAUUGGCUCAUAAUGUUGCUCAAUUCGUUCAUUGUUUCGCCCAAGGAAAAGUGGGUAGUGGAUUUGAUGUAUCAUCUGCAAUUUGGGGAAGCCAUCGCUAUAAGAGAUUCAAUCCCUCCAUAUUAUCACCGCUGAUGGAUGAAAAUGUUGAUCCCAAGGUCCUAUCUAAAGCACUUGAUGCAGAUAACCAGAGUUGGGAUAAUGAAGUUGAUCCAUUCAAACUACCACCUGGGUUCGAUUUAAUGUUAGCAGACAUAGAUGCAGGAAGCCAUACACCCACUCUCGUUGGAAAAGUUCUAGCAUGGAAAAAAUUGAAUCCUGAUGAAGCCAAUGCUUUAUGGACUGAAUUGGGAUCAUACAAUUCCAAAGUUGAACAGCAUUUCCGCCGAUUAAACGAGCUAUAUGUGAAAGAUACACAUAUUUACAAUGACACUAUCGAUAAGUGCACAAAUCUGAACUCUACAGACUGGAAUGCAGUGCCUGGCCCCGUUGCUGAAGAAUUGGUCGCCCUAGUCAAUGAUUUUAGCGUUGUUCGUCGACUUUUACAAAAGAUGAGUGAAUUAGCAGAUGUGCCAAUUGAACCUAAAGAGCAGACUAAGCUCUUAGAUGCAUGUACAAACAUACCAGGCGUUGUUAUGGCUGGUGUUCCCGGAGCCGGCGGCUAUGAUGCUAUAUUUUGUAUUGUACUAUCGAACAAAUCCAAAAAACAAAUUUUUGAGCUUUGGGAGUCGUGGAAGGAGCUCACUGUCGGACCACUGCUUUCACGAUCGGAUUCAGAUGGCCUUACUACUGUUGACAUAGAUACAGUUCCCUGUUUAUCUACGAUUCUUUGAGCAUAUCAAAAGAAAAUUUGUUUGUUUUUCGCUCAUUCAAUUUGUUUUUAUAGGAAUAAAGUUUACCUUUUGAACUAAAUUGUGAUAUGCUUAAUUAAACUGUCC